AUGGCUUCCAGGAGCGAAGUGAGACACAAUGGUGGACAUAACCGACAGUCACAUUCUCUAGAUGAAAGGCCAUUGGUGCAUUUCUUCAAGAUAAUCCUUCCUCCUGGAUCAAUGGCUUCCCGCGAGGAACUGGCUCGUUGUGGCGGUCACCGGCGGUCACAUUCUCAGGCGGAGAUGCCAUUGAUGCAUUUCUUUAAGAUAAUCCUUGCUAGUACUUUGGAAGACAAGAAACUGAGGUUUCCAGGCAAGUUCGUAAGGAGGUUUGGGGAAGAACUUUCUGAUGUUGCUAAUAUUGUGGUUCCUUCUGGUCAUGCUUGGAAAAUAGGACUAACAAAAGACCAGAGCAAUAUCUGGUUUGACGAGGGUUGGCAAAAAUUUGUAGAGCUUCAUUCCAUCAGUUAUGGGUAUCUUUUACUCUUUGCAUACAUAGGCUGCUCCAAUUUUAAUGUUUUCAUAUUUGAUAUUAGUGCUUGUGAGAUUCAGUAUCCAUGCAUUGAACCAACUAGUGGUAAUGAGACUGAUUAUGGUCGGAGAUGUUCAUUCAAUCAUGAGGAUGAAAUGGAAGAUAAGGACUCUAUUGAGAUAUUGGAUUCUACAAUUUCAUCGAGCAAGAAAAACAAUGCUUCGGCUGAAAAGAAUCUGGGAACGAAAAUGCACCAUAGGUGUCUUUCUGGGCACAGGAGCGAAAAUCUUGAGCACUUUAGUGACAAAAGCAGCAAAAAACCUAUGAAGGAGAAGUAUCCUGAGAUAACAAAUCUAGAGGAUGCUAAUGUUUCAUGGAAAGGGAAGUUGAUUAAAAACGGAAAGUCGAGGCCUUGUCAGUUCUUGUUUAGUGAAAGCAAAGACAAAGUUAUAUCGGCAACAAUACCUGAAAAAAAUGAGUUAUGUGAAGAAGAUUCAGAAAUGAUUGCUAGUGGAUUUAAGAAGGCAUCUCUUCGAAGCCAGAGGGCAAUUCAAGCUGCCAAAACGAUCAAACAUGAAAAUCCUUCUUUCAUGGUUAUACUGCGUGCAUUUAAUAUUCACAAAGGUUUUGCGUAUGUGCCAAGUGGAUUUGCUAGAAGGUAUAUGCGUGAAGUCCCGGAGUAUGUUAGACUACAGAUUUCUGAUGGAAGAGAAUGGGCUGUACGAUUUAGUUGGAAUGGCUAUCGGCGCCUGCGUCUGAUUCUCACAAAGGGAUGGAGUCGAUUUUACAGGGAAAAUAAUUUGGUGGAAGGAGAUGUCUGUGUCUUUGAGCUGAUCAAUGAUGAUAGUUCUAUGCUGACAGUUUCAGUGUUUCGGCUAGUUGACCAUUAUGGCUGCAGGGCUCUUCAACCUGCAGGAUUGCUGGAUAAAAAAAUGGCUCCCCGGAAGGAAGGGCAGCCAACUAGGAGUUUUCACCGGCGGUCACAUUCUCAGGCGGAACAGAGACCACUGUGGCAUUUCUUCAAGAUAAUCACUCAGAGUACCUUAAAAGACAAGAAGCUGAGGAUUCCAAAUAAGUUUGUGAGGAAAUUUGGGGAAGAGCUUUCUGAAGUUGCUAAAGUUUUUCUACCCAAUGGUCAUUCUUGGCAAAUAGCGUUGACAAAAGCCAACAACAGCAUCUGGUUUGAUGAUGGUUGGCUACAGUUUGUAGAGCACCAUUCGAUCGGUUAUGGGCAUCUUUUAGUCUUCGGAUAUAGAGGUUACUCUAAUUUUCAUGCUCUCAUAUUUGAUAAGACUGCAUGUGAGAUUCGGUAUCAACAAUGCAGGGGAGAAACUAGUGGUGAGAAGAUCGAUUAUGAUGAAAAAUGUUCGCUAUAUGAUUUAGAUGUGAUGGAAAAUGAAGGUUCAAUUGAAAGCAUCGAUUCCCAAUAUUGUUGUGCUUUGGAAAGUGGAGUUGUUGAUGAAAAUGCAGGGGAAUCGAGUAAAAGGCACCCUCCUAUGCCUCCUUCGCCAGAGAAUAAUGCCCAGGGAGAACCACAUUUUGAACAUUCCAAUGACAAAAGAGGCAAAAUACCUGUGAAGAAAGAGCAUAUUAUUAUGGCUGAUUUAGAUGGUACUAAUGAAUCAAUGAGAAGGAAUCUAUCUAAGAAAUGUAGAUUAUCUAGACCUAAUGGAUCCUUGAUUGAUGAAACCAAGAUCAACAAAGGCAAAUCUAAAACUAAAUUUGAUGAAACUGAAUUGCCCCCACAAUGUGGAGAAGAUAUGGAAAUUGUUGUUAGUGGAUUCGCAAAGGCUUCAAAAGUAAGCAAGAAGGCUAUUCAUGCUGCCAGAAUGUUCAAGCCUAAGAAUCCUUCUUUCAUGGUUCUGUUACGGUCAUACAAUAAGUGUUUUGUGUCUGUGCCAGCUGAGUUUGCUAAAAGACAUUUGAGUGGAGUUUCAGAGUAUAUUAAACUUCAAGUUUCAGAUGGAAGACAAUGGCCUAUUCGACUCAAUAAAACACGAAGUCUCCGCCUGACUAUCUCGAAAGGGUGGAAUGAAUUUCAAAGAGAAAACAAUUUGAAGGAAGGAGAUGUAUGUGUCUUUGAGCUGAUCAAGAACAACAAAUCUUCACCAUCACUUCAAGUUUCAAUGAACGUGCUAGCUUCAAAAGAAGGCAAAACUGGAACCAAAUCUUCAAUCACAUGCAAAAGAGAUCUUCGGUACUUGAGAAUUCCAGAGCUGUUUGUAAGAAGUUAUGGGAACAAAAUUUCUGAUCCUGCUGAAGUUUUUCUUCCCGACGGUCGUGUUUGGCCUUUAGGGAUAACAAAAGGCGAUAAGGAUAUCUGGUUUCAGGAUGGUUUUGAUAAAUUUCUGCAGCACUAUUUGAUCCGUCAGCGAAAUCUUUUGGUUUUCUUUUACACGGGUAAUUCUAACUUCAAUGUCCGUAUUUUUGAUACAAGCUCUUGCGAGAUCCAAUAUCCACAUUAUGGUUUAAGCAGUAGCAAGAAUGUGCAAGACCUAGGAUUAGGCGAGUUGGAAAUGAAAGAUGAUGACGAUAUAGAGUCCUCUGAAGAUGACGACGACGUGGAGUCCUCUGAAUAUGAUGACGAUGUGGAGUCCUCUGAAGAUGAUGAGUUUGAAGAAAAAUCCAAUAAGAAAAAAUCCUGUACCAGUUUACAAAAACCACGUAGCUCAUGUCAUAGGAAGGUCAAGACCGAAGAUGACAAUGAAAUGGUGGUGAACUGUGAAAAGGAGACCAGCACACCGGGUUUAAUAAAGAAGGCACACCAAAAAACGCUGACAAAUACCUAUACUCACUACCGUCCUGAAAAUUAUAUACCAAUUCGUUUUGCAAGGGAGCAUGUGGGCAGGGAUACUAAAAGGCUCAAAGUUAAGGAUGUUAGUGGAAAAAAAGAGUGGCCUGUAGGAAUCCUUUGGAGACAUAUUGACAAUAAGGAUGCCUACUUAUUUAAGGGCUGGCGUCAGUUUUUAGAAGACAAUCAACUGAAAGCUGGAGAUGUCUGUGGUUUUGAGUUGAUGAAGAGUGAAGAAGGCGUCGUGCUGCAAUUCACAAAAGUUCAUUCUGCUUAA